AGGCAGACGACAGCUCGUCCAAUACUCAAUCUUUCGACAACGAGGCCUUUGACGAUAUCGCUCUCGGUACCAUGAACGAUAACGGGAGUGCUUGCGAUGGUCUUACGACCAGGAAACCGGAAUCAAACGGCGUCGAACCGAUCGAACCGGAAAUGAAAGACAAACUGAACUUUGACCUUGAAGAUGGCAAGUCACCUGACCAAUGUAAGGAUGAUGGGAAUGAAAAUUUUCAGAUGACGCUGUGGAAGCACAUAUACCGCAUCACUGACCGAAUCGCCGAGGUCUUGAAACAGAACAGAACGGUCAUCGUCAAUACCAUCAAGACAGUACUCCUACUCCUCUUCUCUGCCUACCUUAUCUACGCCUGCAUCUACGAUUUCGAAGAGGCUUUCGUCGUCCUGAUCAUCACCUCGCUCGUGUUGCUGUCGGCGACGUACGCGUUGGUCAGGGAUACGAAGGGCGAUGUCAUCUUCAAGAAAUGCCUCCAUCCCAUGUGGUUGAUGAUGGUCAGAGGUGUGGAGAAAACGAAGUGGAUCCUCGCAAUCUUAGCAGUCAUCGGGUUUGGCAUCAUACUCUUUUUCUUAACACGUGACAACCCCAUUCAACUCAUCUCUUUCGGUGGUCUCGUCAUAUUCAUCACACUCCUGUAUGUAUUCUCCAAGUAUCCAGAAAGGGUGAAGUGGAGGCCUGUCAUCUGGGGACUGGUCCUACAGUUCGUCUUCGGGAUCCUGAUCCUACGGACCUAUCCUGGCUAUGUUCUCUUUCAAUGGAUUGGUAACGUGGUCCAGGCCUUCCUAGGGUUCUCUAGCGCUGGUUCCCUGUUUCUGUUUGGGGAAGACUACAACGAACAUUAUUUUGCUUUCGCGGUACUACCUAUCAUUAUCUAUUUCAGCAGUGCUAUCUCAAUCCUGUACUAUAUUGGUGCCAUGCAGUUUGUGAUUAGGAAGCUAGCCUGGCUAAUGCAAAGGACAAUGAGAACAUCAGCCUCAGAAUCUCUUAAUGCUGCUGGGAAUAUCUUCAUUGGACAGACCGAAGCACCGCUGCUCAUUCGUCCAUUUCUUAAAGACAUGACGCGCUCAGAAAUCCACGCGGUUAUGACCGGAGGCUUUGCCACUAUCGCUGGUAGCGUUCUGGGAGCCUAUGUUCUGAGCGGUAUCAGUGCUGCCCAUCUGGUGUCCGCUUCGGUUAUGUCCGCACCGGCAGCUCUAGCUGUCUCCAAACUCUUCUAUCCGGAAACCGAAAAAUCAAAGACGGCGAAUUCGGAUAAUUUGACUAUUGAAAAGGGGACAGAGAGAAACUUCAUAGAGGCAGCUGCGUCCGGGGCGUCAACCGCCAUACCUCUAGUGCUCAACAUCGCAGCAAACCUCGUAGCUUUCAUUUCUCUUCUUGCCUUGGUCAACGCCCUUCUCAGUUACUUUGGUGGAUUGGUCGGAUAUCCUCAACUCACCUUCGAAGUUAUAUGCUCCUACGUGUUCAUGCCAGUUGCGUUUAUCAUGGGUGUCGAGUGGGCCGACUGCCGUCUCGUCGCUGAACUCAUCGGCAUCAAGACAUUCGUCAACGAGUUCGUUGCUUACGAUAAACUCGCUACAUUCAUUGAAAACAGAGAGACGGGUGCUGGACCAACGCUAUCGGAACGAUCCGAAGUUAUCGCGACAUACGCCCUCUGCGGCUUCGCCAACAUCUCCUCGAUAGGGGUCCAGCUGGGAGGGUUAGCACCCCUCGCACCGAGCAGGAAACCUGACCUAGCAGCGGUCGUGAUCAGAGCGCUGAUAGCGGGGACGGCUGCGUGCUUCAUGACAGCUUGCAUUGCAGGGGUAUUGUACGUACCGGAAGAAGUAAUAUCAGGGAACUCGACCACGCCCAUCCCCAUGACAACCAUCUACUAGCCAAUGGAAAUAAAGGAUCAUCCCGACAUAGCGCCAAAUCUCGUGUGAUCUAAUCUUACUCCAUUGGAACUAGAGAAAUCGUGUGAACACUGCCUUGAUGUCUGCACAAGAAAGAGUAAAACGUGAAUGGAUUUCAAUCCCUAUUCACUACCUUGAGAGUGACGUUAGAGUCACUCGUUUUCGAGUGAAUGAACACAUCGUUAAGAAUUCAGUUUUCUCAAAAGAAAAAGGAUUUGAUGUUCAAUCUUUCUUCAACACGAUUUCACCCUCCCAUGUCUGGAAAGAACUUAUGUAUUUUGAAAAAUAUGUAAAUUUAUAUAGGCUAAAUACAUUUAUGAAAUAUUGAAAGGAAUAUUAUAAGAUAUAGAUUUAAAUUUCGCAAGUAAUAGGUUUCCAAUCCAUCUACUCCAAAGGUCAUUUGUGAUAGUUUGAAAGUCAUUUGAAAUUUUCUUACCUUUAUAGG